AACAUUUAAAAUAAACACAAUAUUUUUUAAGAAUAAUACCUAAAAUGAUUUAAGCAAGCAAGUUAUCUAGCGCUGGAUGUAUGGCAUUUCAGGUGUAAAAAAAUAUUUUACUGACUAAUUACCAGAGCUUUUGUACCACGUUUGUAGACAGUUUAUAUAAUAUCUAUAUUCAUUAUUAUCGCAGUAAGCAAAAACAGAAGAAAAAACCUCCGAAUUCCACAAGCGGUUCAUAAAUUUAAUUUUACUACCAACUUGGUGUGUUAUAUAGUUCCGAUUCUCAAUCAAUUGAAUAAAUUGUAUGGAAUUAUGGUUUUACAAAGUGUAAACCCAGUAUAACAAUAAAUAAUUUAAUUAUUUAGCAAUAACAAUUUAAGUUUAAAGUUGUACUUAAUACAAGGCAAAUUGAUCGAACAAAUAACGACUGACAUCAUGCCUGUGCAUAGUUCAUUGAAUACCAAUUAUUUGACUUUGUCGUUUGUGUUUUUCUCGCUGUCUGGGAUAUUUUGAUAGAAAUGUACGUGAAUAACUACUUAGUGUGGGUGGUUUUGCUUAAAAUUCUAUUUUUUAUGGAUCCCACAGUCGCAGUUGAACGGAAAAUAAGACAGAGUCAUUUUAAUUCUUCUGAACUCGAAUUGUCACAAUCGAAUGAAGAGGACGAGGUAAAAGUUGAUCCUCGCUGGACAAACAUUAACGCAGAGGUGGAUGUAGUAAUCCCAAUGAUUUUAAAUCAUUUGCAUAGUAUAAAAAUCGAACAUUUGAAUCUACCGGAUAUAACAGAAACGAUUUCUUUGACAUUUAUUUUGGUCGUAUACCAGACACGCCUGAUUCUAAGCAACGGAAUAGUAUAUAACGUGGAAGGUAUAAAGCGACACCGAGAUGCUAUGAUGACUUACGAGGAAAAAAAGUUUUAUAUUCGAUUUGAUUUGAAAAUAAACAAAUUACAGUUUGAAUACAAUUUUCUUCUUCAAGUAAUGCCCAUUGAUGGUUAUGGGAAGGUAAUGGGUAAUUUGGAAGAUACAAUUAUCCAUGCGGAAAUAGCAAUAGAUGUGACCAAUAUAAGCUUAGCCCUUCAAGAUUUUCGCAUUCUCGACUACAGAAAGAUACAUGUUCAAUUGGAUCAAAUUCAAAUAAUAAGAGAAUUAAGUGGAUUAAUUUUGUCACCAAUUACAAACUUAUUCAAGGAACGAAUAAGGACUUCAAUAUCGGAUGGUUUGAAAAAAGAAAUGGAAUUGAUAUUUAACGAUUUUAAUGAAGGCGAUCCUUUACAACUUCGAAUGUUUGCCAAGCAGUUGCUUGCCGGAUUGAUAAGUUAAUUUGAUUAUUAUUAGAUACAUGUAUAUAUGUAUAAUAUAUGUACUUAAUUAGAGUUGUUGUGUAAACCAAGUUUGUUUUGUUUAGUUGUCAGAAUAAUUGCAAAACUAUUGUGAUUUUCAAUAGUGUCACAGAAUCAGAUUUAAUUUCCUUUUUUUCCAAAUAUAAACAAAAUCAAAGCUGU